UGAACCCGGGGGAGCACAAAAGGCACAGGAUGUCCAAUACCACAGUACUCUCCAAUAUAGUCCGUUCAAAACACAGGCUCCAGCGACCCUGGGAGAUUCAGGUGAAGAAAGACAGGCCACAUAAGGUGUAAACCCUUUGUGGUCCUAGGCCAAAAGGUGUGGUGAAGAACAUUGCUUUAGGGAACACCUGCCAUGGCUGUGGGUAUGACGGCCAGACCCUUCAACCUCUAUUAAUUCCGUCUUGAGAGGAAACUCAAAUCAUAAUGGCUGCUGAGUACAUCCUAUGCAAUUGGAAAGGCCACAUUUGGCCAGCAAAGGUUUUGUCCAGAUCUGGGAUCUCACCAAAAUAUAUGAGGAAAAGAGCACUUUCUCUAGAAGUUCAAAUACUCUCAGUAGGUAAAAAAAUUAAAGUGAAAAGCACAGACAUAAAGCUCCUAAGUGAGUCUCAAAUUGAAUCCAUUACCUCCUUGCUAGUGGCCCAGUCAAAGGCCAGUGUUCCACCAGGACAGAAAGUGGCCUACAGAAAUGCUCUUAAAGUGGCACUGGAGAUCCUGAAUAAGAGAGCAAAUUUCGGUCCAGCAAGAGCAUCAGAUGGUCUAGAGACCACUACACCAUCUCAAAGGGGACCACAAAUGCAAGCUCGUAAAAAGUACCAGAAGCCUAAAGGUACCUUACUGAGGAGUCUUAGGAAAAGAAAAAACCUCAAAUCGCUGCUGGUGUGUUCACAGAAUAAAAACGCCCCAGACAGUGGCCGAUCACAGGCGCACACAACCAUCACGCAUACACUAAGGGAAAGGCGAGCAAAGUCCUCGCAAAGCUGCAGCAUGUGCUCAAAGUUCCCAUCACUUUCGGAAGAUGAUCAUAAGACAGGAGGCCGACCACACGCACACACAAUGGCCACGUGUACUCUAAGGGAAAGGCGAGCAAAGUCCUCGCGAAGCUGCAGCGUGUGCUCAAAGUUCUCAUCACUUUCGGAAGAUGUUCAUAAGACAGGAGGUCAACCACACGCACACGCAACGGUCACGUGUACUCUAAGGGAAAGGCGAGCAAAGUCCUCGCGAAGCUGCAGCGUGUGCUCAAAGUUCUCAUCACUUUCGGAAGAUGUUCAUAAGACAGGAGGCCGACCACACGUGCACACAACGGUCACGCGCACUCUAAGGGAAAGGCGAGCAAAGUCCUCGCGAAGCUGCAGCGUGUGCUCAAAGUUCUCAUCACUUUCAGAACAUGAUCAUAAGACAGGAGGUCAACCACACGUGCACACAACGGACACGCGCACUCUAAGGGAAAGGCGAGCAAAGUCCUGGCGAAGCUGCAGCGUGUGCUCAAAGUUUCCAUCACUUUCAGAAGAUGAUCAUAAGACAGGAGGCCGACCACACGCGCACACAACGGUCACGCGUACACUAAGGGAAAGGCGAGCAAAGUCCUCGCGAAGCUGCAGCGUGUGCUCAAAGUUUCCAUCACUUUCAGAAGAUGAUCAUAAGACAGGAGGCCGACCACACGCGCACACAACGGUCACGCGCACUCUAAGGGAAAGGCGAGCAAAGUCCUCUCGAAGCUGCAGCGUGUCCUCAAAGUUCUCAUCACUUUCAGAACAUGAUCAUAAGACAGGAGGUCAACCACACGUGCACACAACGGUCACGCGCACUCUAAGGGAAAGGCGAGCAAAGUCCUGGCGAAGCUGCAGCGUGUGCUCAAAGUUUCCAUCACUUUCAGAAGAUGAUCAUAAGACAGGAGGCCGACCACACGCGCACACAACGGUCACGCGUACACUAAGGGAAAGGCGAGCAAAGUCCUCGCGAAGCUGCAGCGUGUGCUCAAAGUUCUCAUCACUUCCGAAAGAUGAUCAUAAGACAGGAGGUCGACCACACGUGCACAGAAUGGUCACGCGUACUCUAAGGGAAAGGCGAGCAAAGUCCUCGCGAAGCUGCAGCGUGUCCUCAAAGUUCUCAUCACUUCUGGAAGAUGAUCAUAAGACAGGAGGCCGACCACAUGCACACACAACGGUCACGCGUACACUAAGGGAAAGGCGAGCAAAGUCCUCACGAAGCUGCAGCAUGUGCGCAAAGCUCCCAUCACUUUCGGAAGAUGAUCAUAAGACAGGAGGCCGACCACACGCACACACAACGGUCACGCGUACUCUAAAGGAAAGGCGAGCAAAGUCCUCGCGAAGUGGCAGUGUGUCCUCAAAGUUCCCAUCACUUUCAGAAGAUGAUCAUAAGACAGGAGGCAAAGGAAAUAGGGACACAUCAAGAGGUAUGUCUUUGCAUCGCACAGUCAAAGAGAAGGGUACAAGUGCUAAAGAUGGAGGCAUCCUUCCACCUUUGUCACCAGGCUUCAACCUCACUUUGCCCAAAGCUCACAAAGAAGAGGCACAUGACACCUACCCAAGGACCCUGGCUGUCUCCUCUGAAAGCUCUGCCUUCUCGGGGAAUGUUGAGGACCAUGGAGAGGUUGCCUGGAAGCCAGGCUUGGAAGGUGCAGCAGCAUCCUCCAGUGCCCCUAAACAGAGGCGGUGUUAUUCACUCGGUCUGGCAAAUAGAAAAAGGAAGCUGCAGGUGACAGAGUUUGAGAAAGGGCUGCAAGAACUUCAACCUUCAGUCGACUCAAAGGCUAUUAACCCCACCACCCCCAUUAAAAAGAAUGCCAACAAAGAAAUGGGACAAGUGGCAAGCAUGGGUUUUCCACAAGAGCCUUGUCCCAUUGAAGGAGGAAUGAUGGUCUGGUUCAAAUUUCAGAAUCACCCAUUUUGGCCUGCAGUAGUAAAGAGUGUCAGCCAAACAGAGCAGACUGCAAGGGUGCUUUUGGUUGAGGCAAACAUGCACUGUGAAAUGAGUGGCAUUCGAGUUCCUCUUCGAAGAUUAAAGCACCUGGAUUGUAAAGAGAAAGAAAAACUAAUAAAGAGAGCCAGGAAAUUGUACGAGCAAAGUGUGAACUGGUGCUUCUCCCUGAUUGCCCACUACAGAGAAAGGCUCAGGCGAGGUUCUUUUGCAGGCAGUUUCCUGGACUAUUAUGGUGCUGACAUCAGUUACCCAAUUAGGAAAGCCAUCCAAGACAGGGAUCUGGAGAUUGAUUUCCCAAAGGUGAAUUAUGCCGACCUGGAAGAUUCUGAGGAGGAGACCUCCCUGGACGGGAAGAGGCCCUGCAAGAAAAUUCUCCCUGACCGGAUGAAGGCUGCUCGGGACCGAGCCAACCAGAAGCUAGUGGACUUCAUCGUGAAAACAAAGGGGGCCGAUCACCAUCUUCUGGACAUUGUCCAAGGCAGGAAACAGUCCAGGUGGCUGGUAUCAUUUAGGAAUUCGAGCAGGUACGUGAUCUGCGUUGAAACAUACCUGGAGGACGAAGACCAGUUGGAUGUGGUGGUAAGACAUUUACAAGAAAUCUACAAACAAAUAGACAAGAAAACGCUGAAUCUGGUAAGGGAUGACAAAGUGAGUUUUGUUCUGGAAGUUCUUCUGCCAGAAGCAAUCAUUUGUUCAAUUGCUGCACUUGAUGGAUUGGAUUACAAGGAGGCAGAAAAAAAGUACCUACAGGGGCCACCUGUGCAUUACCGGGAAAAAGAGCUAUUUGAUAAAAAUAUCCUAAAGAAAAUAAGAAAGAGAUAAGCAACAAGGAGCAAGACUAAUUAACUCCCCCUGUACCCACACUUUAGCAGGAAGACCUCUCAUUACCCUGUCUGUAUGAAAUGUGUGAUCGUUCCGCUCUCUAUGGCAUGUAAAUAUGUUCUGGAAAUUUGAGACCUUGGGAAUAUGCUGGAUUCAUUUUGGAUCCAUCUCUAGCACUUGUGGGUAGCACAGUCAUCAUCUUUUCUAGUACCCAAAUGCCUCACAAAUUAAUUUGUUAAAAUAUUGCAAACAGUUGUACUUCCCUCUACUUGCUUGGAUGUGUUAACUGUCCAGAUGUUUUCCUAACAUGGCUUUUAACCGUACUUCAUAUUUUAAUAUAGCACACACACAUUAUUUUAUUACAUGAAAGAGCACUGGUAUCAAACAUUAAGCAACAAUCAUUUUUAAAAUCCAAGAUAGAUUCUUACAGAAACAAUCUGCAAUCUCUCAUUCUUUUUGUGACACCUGAGUGUAAAUGAUUGGGUUCCUUCUUAAGAUAAUUCCUGAAUUUUUUCUGCCAUGCUUGUUUGUUUGGGAAAAAUAGCCCUGAGAGCUGAAACCAAUGACAGAGAUGUUUUCUAUAUAUUAUCACUACCUUCAAAUGGUUCUUGCAAAAGCAGUCUGGAAUCCAAAGUUAAUGGAUCAUUUGCACGUAGUCCACACGUGGGUGAAUGAAAUCUCAACGUGCAGUAAACAUUUUGCCAGCCUGUGAAAGAUUGUUAAACUCUACAUUUCCCUGAGAUUCCACUUAACGGAAGUAGCUCUUGUUCAAUGGCUGAAUGGUUUCCUUAAAACAGACAGGCUCCUGGCUGUCUUCUUAACUGACUGGAUCCUUUGCGUAUACUGGUUUAUCCCCAUGUGGAUGACAACUAGACUAAUCGUACACACCGUUUACCUAUUUUAGACCUAGGAGUCCAGGCUCACUGCUAAGAGCCCGUCUGAUUGGCACAAAUUGUAGGAAAGCUCGCAUUUUGCUCUGGACCUGUGUGCCCUAAAAUGCAGUCGUUUGUCUGAAGCUAAGCAAGCUUUCUCUUUUGACUUAUUCAUUGACUAACCCUGACAGGUUCCAACAGUUAUGCAGGCUGGAAAGUCAUUCCAGGCUGCUUGAGCAAUAGAUGGACUGGGAUCUGGGAACUUGGAAAUGGGCUACAGAAAAGUAUCCGUUUGGCUAAAUAUGGCUGUUGUCAGAAUACAAUGAAACAUAUGUAACUAAAAGAUAAAUUCUGAAGCCCAUGAAUUGUUAUCCUACUUGAAACAAGAGUUUUUUGAGACAAAAAAUGUUGGGAAAGCUAGUUUACUUUUAAAACUUGUUGUGAAAAUAAACACUAAAGGUUUAAUAUACACCUGAGUGCAUUUUUAUUCUCAGAGAGAGUCAACUGUCAC